AUGCCUAACCAACCCAGCUUGAGUAAGCGACCAAGCUCCAAUAGCAAAGACGUGUCGCCACCUCCAUCGAAGCGGAGGCAACAGUCGACUACAACGAGCAAAGCAGUCGCCAAUUUCUUCACACCAGCUUCAAAAAAAGAGCCAGAGAAGAUGAUAUGGCGGGUAGUCAAAGACAGCUUGUUAGUCGGACGCUUCAAUAUAGCAGCGCAGUCAGUUACGCAGGGCAAGCGCAGAAUCGCUGCCUUUGACUUCGACUCAACGUUGAUCACAACUGCAUCAGGAAAGACUUUCAGUCGCGAUGCAAGCGACUGGAAGUGGUGGGACAGUAGCGUUCCAGGACGGUUGAAAGAGUUGCAUACAGACGGCUUCCUUGUCGCUAUCAUCAGCAAUCAAGGCGGCAUCAGUCUGAAACCUGAUCCCAAAACCGUAAAAUCUGAUCAAAAGCGAUUAGCAGACUUCAAGACCAAGGUAACAGCAGUCUUCAACCAGCUCGACUUCCCAAUAUCGAUAUAUGCUGCGACGAGUCGAGACCAAUACAGGAAGCCCAGGACCGGCAUGUGGAACGAACUGAUAGAGGACUACGAUCUCGAGAAUGCAGAGUCUAUCGAUCUUGAGAACUCAGUAUUCGUUGGGGAUGCUGGCGGUCGCGAGGCAGUGGCUGGCGGCGUAAAGGACCACUCGUGUGUCGAUAGAGACUUUGCUGCUAACGUCGGUAUACCGUUCCACACGCCAGAAGAGUACUUCCGGCAUGAGGAUCCGCGACCAUUUGUUAGGGCUUUCGAGCCGGCCGCCUACACGGAAGAGCGGGCUGACGGCUCAGCACCUGCACUUGCAGCAAACACUUUUACACAACCGGUAACCCCGGAGAUUGUCAUGUUCUGCGGCAGCCCUGGUUCAGGUAAAUCGUCGUUCUAUUGGAAACAUCUGCAGCCACUCGGUUACGGUCGCGUUAACCAAGACAUUUUGAAGACUCGCGAGAAGUGUGUAAAGGCUGCUACUGCACUCAUCGAAGAGGGCACAAGCGUAGUUAUCGACAAUACCAAUGCCGAUCCAGAAACACGAGCCGUGUGGACUACAUUGGCGCAGAAAUUGAAAGUUCCUAUUCGAUGCGUACUUUUCGCUGCCACGCCAAAGCUGUGCGAGCACAAUGAUACGUUCCGCGCAUUGAAUAUUGGUCCAGAAGUAAGUUUACUCGCUAAGCCUCCUCCCGUUCGUGAGUACCGGAAGAUGCUCUCUGCUCAUUACUUCAAAUUUGUUAUUACACUACCCGAUGUGGAAAUUGGUUGUGCGGGACAUCCCAUGCUGACAUGCAAUCUCCGCCAAAAGACGAACCGCGAAUCUCGUACUAUCCUGCCGCACAUUGCGUUCAGUGGCUUCGCUUCCAGAUACCGCGAGCCUAAGCCUUCGGAAGGCUUUGCAAACAUCAUCAAGACCGAUUUCCAGUUUGAGGGUUCCGAGGAGCAGAGACUGUUAUGGAGCAAAUACUGGAUCUGA